UCUUCGCCCGCAAUGGAACUUGCGGCGCCAGAAGCGGCUAGGGAGAAUCCAGAUGGGGUGAAGCUGCUGUUGAACCGGACAUCAAAAUUCCCGGGAGCCCUCAAGUCGCCCCUCGAUUGCGAGGCUGAGCUGCAGGAGUGCCCUCUCCUGGCGCGGCCGGAGCAACCAGCUGCCGGGGCAAAGUUGCUGGAGCAGCAGUACCUAUAUAGGUCAGGUUCCGGCCCUGAAGAAGAAGCCUUUGCCAAGACCAAUGAUCCUAUAGUCCCCAAAGCUUUCAGGUGCCGCAGUUGUGGGCUGACUGUAGCCAGCCUCUCUGACCUCAUUCACCAUCAAAGCAGCCAUGGGUGUGACCGGCCUUACAGCUGUCCAGAGUGUGACAAAAGCUUCCGGCGUGGCUCAGAUCUGGUUAAGCACUACAGGGUGCACACUGGUGAAAAACCUUACCCUUGCCCAGAAUGUGGCCGUUGCUUCAGUCUCAGCUCUAAUCUCACUAAACACCGGCGUUCUCACUCAGGUCUCCGGCCUCAUAAGUGCAUGGAGUGUGGGGAGGCCUUUGGCCGCAGUGCAGACCUAGCAAAACACCAGAGGGUGCACACUGGGGAGAAGCCCUAUGCUUGUGCUGAGUGUGGUAAGACUUUCAGGGUGAGCUCCAACCUGAUUCAGCACCAGCGUACUCACACUGGUGAGAAACCCUACCGCUGUGGACUCUGUGGCAAGAGUUUCAGCCUGAGCUCUAACCUUUUACAGCACCAACGCUGUCACACAGGUGAGAAACCCUACUUCUGUGCCUGGUGUGGAGACAGCUUUGGGCGCAGUUCCUAUCUGCUGGAACACCAGCGUUCACACACAGGCGAGAAGCCCUACAAUUGCUGUGAGUGUGGCAAGAACUUCACCAACAGCUCAAACUGCCUAAGGCACCAGCGCACUCACAAUGGAGAACCGCCUUUCAGGUGUCUUGAGUGUGGACGUGGCUUUAGCGAGAGCACCAUGUUCAUUGAACACCAGCGCAUUCACUUGAGCCAAUGACAGGCCUUUCCAGAAUAUGGCAAAAUCUUACACCACAGCUUCAUUAAUGUUAACACAUGGGCAAAAAGUCCUAGAAGUUUCCUGGUUGCAGCUAGUAUUUUGUGGACAAUACCAGCAUAUCCACGCAAACCAAAGACCUUACAUUUGCAGCAAGUGUGCCAGGGGCUUCAGGCAGAUUUCCCACUUGCUCUUCUACCAGGUGACCCACAGUCGCAAGAAGACUUCCAUCUGCUUGUAAGGUGGCAAGGCCUUUGCCCAUAAACUCCCAACCUUGUCUAGCACCAAUGGAUUACCAAGAGGGGAGCUUCUGCAGACAUCCCCUGGCUUCAAUUUUAAUCCAGAUUUUGUUUCUGGGUUUGGUCCAGCCCUGAGAAGCCUGCAGGAACCAGGGUUUUUAAGCAGACCCCUUUUCUGAAUCCCUUAGAUGGUUUAAUUAAGGGCCAAUAAUAGGACUCACAAUUGCCACCUGGAUUGAGCCAGGAACCCCAGGCUAGAGCAUAGCACUAGAGCUGUGGCUACUACCUUCAAAGAGACAAGAUCUUGGGGGGGGGGGGGGGGGAAGGUCCUGCUGUUCCAUGAAAUUAUAUUCAGAGUAAUAUCCAUUAGCUAGAGGGAAGUUUUAGAUGUCCAGAGCCAAUAACCUUAACCCAGCUGCUUUGAGAUAGAUUAACCAUAACCAAAGCAACAACAGCCAGGACGGUGGUGGGACACACAGAGGCAGGCGGAUCUCUGUGAGUUGAGGCCAGCCUGGGCUACAGAGCGAGUCCAGGACAGGCACCAAAACUACACAGAGAAACCCUGUCUUAGAAAACCAAAAAAAAAAAAAAAAAAAAAAGGCGUGUGCCACCGCCGCCCGGCCCAAAUGUAUUUCUACUGCUAAAAUUAGUGUAUAUGAGAGUUGGAAGGUUUCCCAAAGCACCACAUAAUCUUUGAUCAGAGCACAGUCCAAGCAGGGACUGCCUGUUUGCCUGAGAGGCAUGGACUAACCCUUUUAAGGUUGAGGAUGGAGCUUUUUGUUUCAAAGACUUAGUAACUCCUUUGUGACAGUCCUUUCAUCCUUAACUGCAAACUCCGUGUCCCCUGCCCUCCAGUUUUGCUGCCGUUUAUUUAGCUUGCUGCAUCUAGAACUGUGUGUAUAGAGUAAGAAGCUAAAGAGGAAGAAAUCAAGUUACCCAGCCUCAGUUUUGUUCUUCCUAGCUGUGUGACCCAUUACCUCUUUUGGGUCUCAGUUUCUUCAUCUAUGAAACAUGCAGUCUACCUCACCAGGCUGUGAAGAUUCCAUGAAUAUACCUACCUUCAUGAAGUACCUGGUUAGGAGAAUGGCCUCAGUUCUCCUCAAGUCUGGAGUCCUGUUGGUUGCAUCAUUCAGAAAGCAUCAUGGCAGCUCACGGAUCAGCCCCUAAGAUUACAGAAAUGAACUAGACACUCCUGGAGUAGACUAUUGUCCCAUAAAGGCAAUGGAUCAGUAAUAAGAGAUGCUGGCAUUGGAGAAGGGUUUUUGUCGCCUGGAGCAAAUCUGAAAGGUGUGACCCAGGUGAUGUCUAAUGAACAGCUCUGGCUCCUCAGGAUGGGUAAAGGAGUAAGUUACUAAAGAAAUGAUUCUUGAUGUGUUCCCAUCAACAGCACUUCAAAAAACCCAACCCAAGGUUUGAGUUGACUACCUGAGCAUAGCACAUACACAGUUGGCACUCAAUAAAUAGUUAUGAUUGGGUUUUGUUGA